ACAACAGUUAUUCAACAAAACUAAACCAAACAGUCAACAGUUCCACAAAAAAACCAAACAAAAUAAAAGUAAAAUUAUUCUUAGUUUUUCCGAUUUUUCGACUGAUAAAAUGCCUGAACGACGACACCACCACCACGACGAGGGCUGGGAACGCCGCGAGCGCCGCGAACGCGAGAACAACAACUAUUCCGAGCACUGCUGGGAGAGCGCGGAGAACCAACCACAGACAGAGGCUACCUUCAGCCUUGGCUAUAGGCUGCAGGCAAUUGGUUUGUUCCUGGCCACACUGGCAGUGGGCUGGAUGCUGUACACUGUCGUCGCCGAGAAGGUGGUCGUUCCACCAACAGUGGAAGAACCUGGCAAGAUCAUCCGUCAGCUGGAAGGAUGCGCCGAGGGUGACAGGUCUUGGCGCGACUCUGACUCUGCCGCCGCAGCUGCGGUGGCAACAGCCGAGGAGAAGGCAUCCCGCUCCUACUUUUGUCAUCAGCCAAUUUACAUUAAGGAGAGCAUCCAGGUGAUUGGCAACCAGGUGGUCGGGCAGGAGAAGGCGCUCGCCAGGCUGGAGCAGGAGCUGAGCCGCGAUCGCAAGUUCCGUUCGGUGGCAUUGCUCGGCCCACCUGGCGUCGGCAAGACAAUGACAGCAGCGGCUCUGAUCAAAACAUUCCCAUGGCCUGAGAACGUACGAACAUUGUCGUGGAACGCCACGGGCUCGGGAAAGGACCACGUCGUGGAGUUCCGUAAGUUGCGGAAAUUCAUGAAUCAAUUGUCGAGCUGCGGCAUGAACUUGCAUGUCAUUGACGACCUGAAGGCGGAUGACAUAGAGAUAGUCCCCAUCUACAACAAAAUGAUCCUGCAACGCGAGGGAUCCCUGGACGAGCGGAUGGCGAUGCAAACCGUGUUGGUUGUGUACAUCUUCAACCUGGAGUCGAAGCACCUGGAGGAGCAGCAGAAUUACCUCCAGCGCAUGUCGGACAGCACCGCUUCAAUCAACUUUCGUUCGUUUGGUCUUGAGGAACUGAAGCUGUGCCUGGAGAGCGAGCUGAAGGCCAUGAAGUACGCACUCAAGGAGGAGUGCGAAGCUGCAGUUCUGAAGGAAUCCAUGGAGAAAAUCGACACUUUUGGGUGCAAGUCACUUCGGCCACUCAUCGAGCAGCUGGGGAAUCCGCUUAGUCUGAUUGAUUGCUGAUCAUUACAUUAAAGCUAUUUCGUGUUCGUUGUGAA